CAUUCAAGCGUCACACCGUCGCACGUCAUCGAUCGCUUCAUCGUCGGCGCUUGCGCGAAGGCCGCCUCGAGCGUUUCAAUCGCCCCUUACACCCCCACAAACGGCCACAAACUUUGAGUGCUCUUACACCUGUUAUGCUGAUGAGCCGCACAACAACACAGUAGAACAACAACAACUUAGAAUCGCCGUCAGUCGUCACAAAUUAUCCGCGSCUGCAGCGCCAAGGCACUCAGGUGCUACRCGACGACAGUGCUGAGUCAGUAGCGUUAGACAGCUGCCAGCAGGUGUGCCCAGUUAAGCACUUCGAUCGCGCUGUAUCUCGGCAUUCGCGUAAAAAUUAUAAUCGUUAAGUAUUUGUACUCUUUAUUUUGCUUAAGUCGUGUUGUGUUUUUCAAAAUGCAGUUUGUGCGCGUUAUCGGCAUUAUUUGUUGUUUGUUUUUGAUUUGCACACCGCUCAGCGUUGAUGCCAUCAAUCGCAGAGUAAAAYUUUGCUUGCAACCGCCUCAAAGCGGCCGCUGCUUCGGCUAUGUGUCUAGCUUUGCCUACAACCCGGUCGCGCGCAGAUGUGAGGAGUUCAUCUACGGUGGGUGUGGCGGCAAUGACAAUCGCUUCGAUUCGAAAAAGGAGUGUGAACUUACUUGUCGUGAUGUUUAAGCGGCGAUUUGCGCGCUGUGAUUUUAGCUGGUGAAAUUUGGAAAUGUUAUUGUUAAUACUUCUACUUUAGGCCCUUUUCACUCUUUAGUAAGAAAGCGUAAACAAAUUAUUUAUUAAAAUACUCAAAAAUAAACUAAAAAUCGMAAUUUUGAUUUGAAAUACUA